AAAAAGAAAAAAGAAAGGUAAGGAACCCUUGCAUCGUACAAUUCCUUCCAUUUAUUUUAACGAUAGCUAUAUCAGUUCAAUUUCUAGGUUUUCAUGUUCCUACCCAAGGCAAGGUAGCUGUAUACCCCAACUGAUCUUGGCUUGGCUUCAAGUAAAUAAAGAAGUUUCAGAUACUUAUCAAAAUUUGGUAUUGAGGCUUUCUUAUGAUAUGCAUCUUGGUUAUCGGACUGAGUGCUUAGUGUGUUCUUUUAGUGAAUUUGAGAAGUAUUGUAGUUAGUAUACUUGGCAUGAUGGGCAGAUCGAGUCGGCCUAAGGUAAAGCAUGAAAAAGUUGGGGAGCUCCCACAGCAUGAUUCCAAUGAAGGAACUUCUGCCCGGACUAGGCCUUUCAACUAUGAAGAGAUUAUGUUAAAGAGGAAUAGUAAAAAACUUAGUGAUAAUCCUGAAAGCGUCAAAGAAGGAAAUAUAAAAGUGAGGAAGAUAGCGAGGGACAUCCCAAUCCUGAAUGAUUUUAAUGUUAACAAAUCUGAUGGCGGGAAUGGGCAUGGAAAAGAUUUUUCUCUUGGUCGUGAAAAGAACCUAUUGGAGGGAAUGGAGAAGAAGUUCCAACAAGAAAAUAGGGAAUUCAUAUAGGAUAAAUGAUAACAUCUCUAAACGGAAAACUAAGGAGAAUCAUGAGCCUGAAAGAAGAUUGAAGUCUGAAGUGAAGAAAGAUAUGGGCAUUGAGGAUGAAGGCAAGUAUGAGAAACAAAAUCAUGUGAAGAGAAAGCUGAGCAAACAGCUGGUGGUUCAGAAAAGUAGAUGCAAAGAAGCAUUCUAGAGACUUGGCGGAUAGGGAUAGCCAUGUAGGUAGAAGUGAGGGGAAAUCUGAGAGAUGACAAGAGAAAACAUCAAACUAGAGACAAUGAACAAAAUAGAGAAGGGCGUACUAAUACAAAACAUGAGAGUCGAAAGGGGCAUGCUUCAGAAAGUAGAGACAAGAAGGAGACAAAAGAAUCAUCAAGAUCAUUUCAUGCGGAUUCACACCAUAGAAGGACACGGUCACAAAGCCGGGAGCGUGACAACAAACAUAGAAGAUCUAUUUCUCUCUCACCAAGGCCGCACAAGCGGGCAUCUCAUCAUGCGUCAGAGCAUGAACUUUCCUCACAUGGUGUAAAAGGAAGGUAUGGAGACAACAUUCUGAUGACAGGAGUAGAAUGACAAGUAACGGUACAACUGGUCACCAUAGGCGACUUGGCGGGUCCACUAGCGGUCUUGGUGGCUACUCUCCAAGGAAGAGAAAGACUGAAGCUGCUGUGAGGUCGCCCUCCCCAGCUCAUCGCUCGACAGAGAAGAGAACAGCUAAGUGGGAUCUUGCACCUUCAGAAACAGAAAAUGUGGUUUCUGGUUCAGCUUCUUCUAAUUUACCAGAAUUAAGUCAAAUGGUUUCCUUGAACAUGCAUGCUAUAGUCAAUCCUGUUCCCAGUGUUUCUGCAACAGGGAAUCCUCUAGUUGUGGCUUCAACCAGUUCUUUAUCCUUUGACUCAGUUCAACUGACAGAAGCUACCAGGCCUACGAGAAGGCUUUAUGUAGAAAAUGUUCCUGCUUCAGCCUCUGAAAAAGCUCUGAUGGAAUACUUCAAUAAAUUUUUGCUUUCAUCUGGAAUUAGUCAUAUCCAUAGGACCAAACCAUGUAUUAGCUGCAUUAUACACAAAGGAAAGGGCCAAGCUCUUGUUGAAUUCCUUACGCCAGAGGAUGCUUCUGCAGCUCUUUCUUUUGAUGGCAGUACUUUCUCUGGUUCCGUUCUCAAAAUCAGACGGCCAAAGGACUUUGUUGAAGUGACUGGUGAACUGGAGAAAUCAGGAGCAACGGUGACCACAGUCAAUUAUGUUGUGGAGGAUUCACAUCACAAGAUAUUCAUUGGUGGAAUUUCAAAGGCUCUUUCAUCUGAAAUGUUCAUGGAGAUUGCUAAUUCCUUUGGUCCUUUGAAGACAUAUCACUUUGCUAUGAACAAGGAUCUUGGUGAACAAUAUGCUAUGCUCGAGUAUGUCGACCAAUCUGUUUCUCACAAAGCCUGUGCUGGUCUGAAUGGAAUGAAGUUGGGAGGGCAAGUAAUCACUGCAGUUGAGGCUGUUCUUGAUGGCUUUUCCUCGGGAAAUGGUGAUCGAAAUUCCUGUAUUAUUCCUGAACUUGCGAGGCAGCUUCUUCGAAACCUACUCAAGUCCUUAAGCUUAAAAAUCUGUUCCCAGAAACUUUCAUCGUUAUCGGAACUGAGGUGGAAGAUGUACUAG